CAACAAUAUGUCAGCCUCCAUGACUUUGAAUUGCAACAAAGAAUUUUGAAACUUUCAGUCGCUCAUUCAGUGUUUCAAAAUGAAGAAAUAUCCAGUGCUUCCAGUUGUUAUUGAAGAAGACCAUCAUAAUUACAGCUGGCGGUUGACAGUUAUCGGUCACGUGACACAAAGCGGAGCCAUGUAAAAUGUGUGUUAACUUUAUAGUGUGUUGUUUAAAACAGUGACAAAGUCAUUGCCGUUUAUUCACAUAAACAUGAAUUGAAUGGAAGGAAGAAAUGGAUAUUCUUUCAAGGUUCUCCCUCACAUUUAUCGUUCCAUUGGAUCAAAGCACCUGCCAUUGGAAGGCAUCACACUAGUGCACCUUGACUCUCAUCCUGACAUGCUGAUCCCUGUGGAUAUGCCGGCAGAUAAUGUAUAUGAUAAACAAGAAUUAUUUGACACAUUGAAUAUAGAGAAUUGGAUACUUCCAGCAGUUUAUGCAGGUCAUAUAUCUCAUAUUGUGUGGAUAAAACCACCAUGGUGCUCACAGAUUGAUGACAAAUCUAUCAAGUUCUAUGUUGGGAAAUGUCAGAAGACUGGAACUAUUAGGACUACUUGUACUGAGAGUUACUUUAUCAGUGAAACACUAUAUGUUCCAGAGGGACAGCUAAGUAACAAAAAGCGGCUCAGGUUUACAAUAGUGACUCUGAAACCCAGAGACUGGUCUGACACUGAAGGAGGUAUUGGUGAUACAGAUGUUGGAAGGAAUUGUGAUGGAGAAGUUACAAAGACAAACGUUACAGUGGAUGAUGAUAAACAAAUUGAAGAAAAUCUAAAAAAUGAUUGUGGUGAUAAUGAAAGGUUGAAACACAAAAAGCAUGAAGUGAGUAAUGUGACUGGCAUGGACAAACAUCUGACAGGAGUUAAAAGGCAAACUUCUCCUGAAAACUCUAUUGACAAUAGCAAGGCUAAUACCAGUAACAAUGCUGAAAUAUGCUUGAAAGAUUUAUGUGAUGUGAAAGAUUCAAAAAGGCAAAAAAUUGACAAGACUAAUGUGAUACUUCCUGAAAAAUGUGAUAAUUCUGCUACAUGUACAGAUAAAGGUCAACAACUCUGCUUACCAUCAGAAGACACCUUGCAAGAGUUAUCUGCUCAACUUCAGGGACAGAAUUAUGUAUUAGAUAUAGAUUUAGAUUUUUAUUCAACGAUGAACCCAUUCAGACAGAUGUAUGGGGGAAAACAGUACAACAUUUUACAGGAGCUUUAUAAGUUUGAAAGGCCUGCUAGCAUGUCAGAACAGGAUGUUGAAACAUGUGUUUCAAACAGGCAGAAACAAUUGAAGGAUUUAAAACAGGUGUUUAGUAACCUGACUGAGGAUGAGAAUACAGAAAUAAAACACUCCAGAGCUGACCUUAUAAAGACAUUGAUCUCAGAUUUGAAGCAGACAAGUCCAAAGAUAGAUUAUGAGCUGUUACAUGAGGCAGGUUGCACGUGCGAUGACACAGAGUUACCUCAUCAUGUCAGUUCUAACUCUCAGAUUACCUCCCUUGUUGACACAACUCAAGAUAUGCUCUCAUAUCUACCAAAACCAACUUACAUAACUGUUGCAAGAUCUAGUUCUGAUGAUUACUGCCCUCCAAACCAGGUUGACAUGAUACAAGACAGUGUGUUAACGAUGCUACAGGAACUCUAUUUAGAAAUCUCUGUAGAUUUGGCUUACAAGGACGAUGAAUUGGAUUGCCAGUGAUACAUAUUUUACAUUCUUUAUUUAAGUCACUUUGCAAAAACCAGCAUUAGGGCUGUGCAACCAGUAUGGAUCCAGAUCAGCCUGCACAUUUGUGAUGUCUGAUGUUCCCUUCUCAGUUGCAUAGAAGCCCUGAAAUUGAUGUAUGAAAAGUAUGGAUGUGGGGAAUAAAUGAACAGUAUGGAUGUGGGGAAUAAAUGAACAGUAUGGAUGUGGGAAUAAAUGAACAGUAUGGAUGUGGGAAUAAAUGUACAGUAUGGAUGUGGGAAUGAAUGUACAGCAUGGAUGUGUGGAUAAAUGAACUGCAUGGAUGUAGGAAUAAAUGUACAGUAUGGAUGCAAGAAUAAAUGUACAGUAUGGAUGUAGGAAUAAAUGUACAGUAUAGAUGUUGGAAUAAAUGUACAGUAUGGAUGUGGGAAUAAAUGUACAGUAUGGAUGUUGGAAUAAAUGUACAGUAUAGAUGUUGGAAUAAAUGUACAGUAUGGAUGUGGGAAUAAAUGUACAGUAUAGAUGUUGGAAUAAAUGUACAGUAUAGAUGUUGGAAUAAAUGUACAGUAUGGAUGUUGGAAUAAAUGUACAGUAUGGAUGUAGGAAUAAAUGUACAGUAUAGAUGUUGGAAUAAAUGUACAGUAUGGAUGUGGGAAUACAUUUACAAUAUAAAUGUUGGAAUAAAUGUACAGUAUGGAUGUAGGAAUAAAUGUACAGUAUAGAUGUUGGAAUAAAUGUACAGUAUGGAUGUUGGAAUAAAUGUACAGUAUGGAUGUAGGAAUAAAUGUACAGUAUAGAUGUUGGAAUAAAUGUACAGUAUGGAUGUGGGAAUACAUUUACAAUAUAGAUGUUGGAAUAAAUGUACAGUUUGAAUGUGGGAAUACAUUUACAAUAUAAAUGUUGGAAUAAAUGUACAGUAUGGAUGUGGGAAUAAAUUUACAGUAUAGAUGUUGGAAUAAAUGUACAGUAUCGAUGACAGUAUGGACGUGGGAAUAUAUGUACAAUAUAGAUGUGGGAAUAAAUGUACAGUAUAGAUGAGGGAAUAAAUAUACAGUGUGGAUGUGGAAAUAAACAAAUAGUAUGAAUGUGGGAAUAAAUACACAGUAUGGAUAUGCACUGAUCUGGAUCAGCCCUAUGAAAUGUUAAUUUUUGUACAGCGAUGUUCAUAUAGAAUUG